AUGGAUUUCACGCAGCCGUCACCAGUGGAUUCAAGUUGCUCAUCAACACUUGCGCCACCUCUCACAUCGCCGAUUGGAAAUCCAGCGAUAGGCAAUCGUCUAAACCCGCUCGCUACGCCAGGAUUUGGAUAUCAGCGAGGUCCUCUGCACUACGAGUUGAAUCCACAGUACAUGGGAGGAGCGAGGAAGACCGGUGGACGACGACCCAAAGAAUUCGAAAUGGGACCGGAAAUCGAAGAUCAGGAAGAGUUAGAUAAGAAGAUUAAAAGACGUCAACGAAACAAGGAGGCAGCCGCUCGAUGCCGUCAACGUCGUCUCGAUUUGAUGAACAACCUUCAAGAGAUGGCGCAAAUGGAAGGCUUUUUGCGUUCUCACGAUUGUAAAAUGAGUGUGGAAGAACGGGAAGCGCUGCUGAACAUUCCAUCCAUUAGAACGGCGAUGCCGCCAAUUAUGAAUAACGGAAUUAACACAAGCCCUCAUUCCAUCAGCGACUAUCGGCCGAAUAUCGUCGAAGCGAAUCGAAAGCGAGUUCUGCCUGCUCCGCAACUGCCAGCACAUUCUGAUUCUAAUUUCCUUGAGCCCGAUGUCAAGUGCCCGAAGAUCGAGAAAGAUGUUUCACUGGCAGAUUUGAACGGCGACACGAUAUCUCGCCCUAAUCACAUCAAUUUCGAUAUCAUUGGCUUAGGCAGCACACAUCUCUCACUAUCAACGCCUUCGAACAUCACCUACACUACAGUGAACAACGACUUUCUGAACGACAGUACGGGUCUGACGCCGUGCACGCAGCCUAAUCCGAUAUUCGUCAGCACUCCAACACCGCUACAGACUUCAGAAGCCGAUCUACGAUCGUUGUGA